UUAGAUGCUUGUCGCUCCGUAGAGACCAAGUCCCCUCGUAUAAGGUACUCUGAGUGGUGAAAGUAAUGAAGAUGGAAGGAGCUGAUGUUGAUGAAUUAUUGAGGAGAUUUAUGGAGUAGCGAAGUGAUAGCCGUUUACCCGUCUCGUCGAAACGAUAGAGGAGAGCCAUACCAGGAAAUUGCCAGAUAGUAUGCCAGUAGAGGUGACUCCACUGCAGAUGAGGGAACAUGUUGGCUAUGGACCAAGGAGUGGUGGAGGAAUGGCUGUCAGAAUUUAAGACCCUCCCUGACAGUGCUGUGUCCAGCUAUGCUGCCUCGCUAAAAGACAAAGGUGCCCUGGUCCCUGCACUCUACAAGGUUAUCCGAGAGAAUUACAGCGAUUUGCUGGAACCGGUGUGUCACCAGUUGUUUGAAUUUUAUCGGAGUGGUGAGCCACAGCUACAGCGUUUCACGCUGCAGUUCCUGCCAGAGCUCCUGUGGAGCCUCCUGUCCGUCAGCGCAGCCAGAGACCCACACACCUCCGGCUGCAUCGAGGCCCUGCUGCUGGGCAUUUACAACCUGGAAAUAGUUGAUAAAGAUGGACAAAGUAAAGUAUUAUCUUUUACCGUCCCUUCCCUCUCCAAACCCUCAGUAUACCAUGAGCCUUCAGCCAUUGGCUCCAUUGCCCUUACAGAAGGGGCUCUAGCCAAUCAUGGACUGAGCAGGGUGGUGUACAGCGGGCCUCACCUCCAGAGAGAGACCUUUACAGCACAGAACCGAUUUGAGGUGCUGACUUUCCUGCUGCUGUGCUACAACGCUGCUCUCAGCUACAUGACCUCCACCUCCCUCCAAUCCCUCUGCCAGCUCAGUUCCAGGGUGUGUAUAUGCGGUUACCCACGGCAGCAGAUGCGGCGCUAUAAAGGCAUUAGCACACGAAUGACGGUCACAUCGGACUUCCUGGUUCAGCUCAUCACAGGGAUACACUACGCCUUGUGUAAUGGGGAAGUUGAACUGGGAUCCAAAGCACUGGAUGACGUUCUGUAUCGGGCUCAGCUAGAGCUGUUCCCUGAAGCUCUGUUGGUGGGUAAUGCCAUCAAAUCCUCACUGCAUGGCGCAGCCUUGAAGAGCAACAGCAAAGAGGGUGCACGGAGUAUCCAGGUGGAGAUCACACCCACCUCCUCCAGGAUCUCCCGAAAUGCUGUCACCUCCCUCUCUAUCAGGGGACACCGCUGGAAGAGACACGACGCAGUGGAUCUGGGUUCCCCGGAUGAGCUGAUGGAUAUUUCAGAGGUGGAUGAAGGGGUGUGGCCAUGUGGUGUGGGGCCUGACAUGACCCCACCCACCAUCACUAUCAGCAAUAGCGUCACCACAUUGAACCUGGGGGCCAAGGCCAUGAAGAAGUGUCGGUUCGGAGGGCGCACCAGCAAGGAUAAAGACAAAGAGGCGAGCCCUCUGACCACGGGCCGGGCUGCCAGCGAGAACACAGAGCUGUCUAUCAAGCGACUGACACUCACUUCCAGCCAAUCGGUGCCCAAGGCAGGAGCUCUCACCAGUCUGACGCGCACUGCCAGUGCCGUCUUCUCUCGCUCCUUUGAGCAGGUGGCCAGCGGCAACGUCCCCGCCACCAGCAACCACACCGCCUCAGAAGCCGGCCGCUUUUCCUGCAGCCUGCAGGAGGAAGGGCUGGGGUACUUAAGUCCAGCGCCAAACCACACGCAACGCUCACCCAGCAUCAGUGUGCAUCUUGGCUCUGACCUUUGAACUUCUUGUGACUCCUGACUACCUGAACCCUUGCCUCUGAUCCUGUGACCCUGUACCUGUGACCUGGAACUCCAAGCCAUGCCAGCUGCAACGGCCCUCAAACACUCCCUCUGGUUCCCUCGUCACUGCGUGUUAACGUCUUUGAUCCCCUGUGGUGUAAAGCAGCUUGCUGCCCUGCUCCAUUCAGACAUUCAGAGUUCCGUCAGUUCAUCUCUGCUUAUUUCGCCCAGCACAGUCUCCUCUGAGUCUGAUGGAGGCAGGAUGUCGUCGACACCACCUCCAGCUUCAACAGUUUUUACUAGUGUACUUUUGCCGUGAUGUCGUGCCAGGACAAAACCACACUGCGUUGCAGAGCAGUCUGACAUGAAUGGGUGCACUGAAAACUCAUUCCUAAAAGAAACUGUGUGGGAAAGCAUUAGAAAAGUAUUUUAACUGGUGUUUGAUGCCCUGCAUGGCUUCUCCAACUACACCCAUCCUGACCUUGCCCAGGUUUGUUAGAGGGCAGGUGUUGAGUAUGCAGGAGCAUGCUUGAGUGUGUGUACUGUAUGUGUGUAUGUGCAAUUGUUUUUAGAGUGACGGCUGCUGAUUGAUAUGAACAUGAACAAGGUAUGAUUCUCCAAAUUGGAACAACUGUUUCUACUACUUUUUUUAAAAAAAUGAAAUAAAAAUAAUAAGUCCCAUCUAAUAGCAAUACAAAUCUCUCCUAUUCAGUGUUUUCCAUUUGUUGGGAAGAUUACCCAAACUCUCUCUGUAUAUUUUAGAUAUAGCUGUGCUUCUUUCAAGAAAAAUCUGCAUUCUUCUGCACAUCAAUAAAAGUGACCGCUAAAUAAUCAACCAGAAUGAUGAGAAUUGGUUCUUUGUUUACAACUGCACAGUAUUGCCAACACAAUGGAGAAGCAAUAUUUGUGUCGCUCCUCUAGCACUUUCUUGAAUUGCUGUGCAUUUGAUGGCAAAAAUAUAACUCCAACUUCUGACAAAUGACAAGACUGAUUUUGACGAUCGGGGACGAUGAGUGUGUAUGAUUUUAAGUACUGAAUUUUGCACAAGCAAACAAGUUGUGUUCUUAACUUUGGUAUUUUCUUAUGAUGAACAAGAGUGGUUUCACUCUCAGCUGUGGUAUGUUCCUGUGAGAGAGAUGCACUUUGUUGCUCUGUACAGAUUCGAACCAAUUUUGCACCUAGCUGUUGAUCCAAAAAUUUAAAACCACAGACUUGAACUCCACUUACUUUUACAGAGGUAAAAGAAUAAGAUGGCUAAAUUGUAACUAAACCUAUUCCUGUGCAUUCUGAAGUAAGAAGACUUACAGGGCAAUAGGGCAUCUUCUCUCUCCUUAUCCAACCACCGUUCCAGCUGUUUGUAGUACUUUGGUGAUGUGUUUUCCUGUGUCCCUCCUUGUUGUUCACGGCAUCAUGUGACAUGACCUGGUGAUAUUCUCUUGCACCAAGAAUGGAAUUAAACCCCGCCCAUCUGCUACAUUUGAUGUCCUAAAUCAGGCGUUCAUACUGUCCCUGGCUCAAGCAGAAAUGUGUCCUGUUGUCUGUGUACUAGAGCUGUCAAGUGUCCAUACAGUAGCAUGGUGGGACAAUAACAAUCAUCGUGUUUUUGUGUGUGGGUUUACAGAAUGUGAAUGGGUAAGCUCUUGUUGUACAUCAUACUAAAGUUGGUUUAUAUUGGCCUUUUCAUGUCUGAAGAUAACUCACUGCUAUGACUUCUGGGAAUAAAGUGUUUCUAUAUUUCA